GUGAAGUUUCAUUUGUAGAGAGGUGCGUGCGAUAAACAAGACCUGAAAAACAACAAUGAUAAAUAUGUUUCGACAGCUGUCAAAUGAAAUUACUCCAAAAUCCGAAUACAAAGAUGAUAACAAUACGCAAAAAUGCAACCGGAGUAAUGGUGAACGAACUGAUGACGAUAAGUUAACGAUUGAUGAUGACUUAAAGGAAGAAGCAACGUCUAGAGGAAGCAAACGCGCUCUAGUUAAACGCAAUUCAUCUCUGAGUAGCCAAGGUAAUAGCGAUUGUGAGUCUAUGAUAAUGUGUCCGACACAAAUGAUGGUGUUCAAAAUAGAGAAUGGUCAGGUCAUCCCUUUAGUGAAUCGGUCAGAUAGUUUCGAUGCUACGUCCAAUGUUCCCACUACUCAGACGGCAAUUCACCAGGCAAGUAACAGUAAAAUUACUUCCGCGGCAGAAGUCACUUCGACCCCCAGAGCCGUUGAACGCUAUUUCCCAUCAAAGGCCGUCAACUCCCCAACGAUCUUGACAGAGAUCAAUGAACAAGAUGACGAAAUUGAGGCAGGUAAAGAUCGCAAAGUUGCCUUUGCUUGGACAAAAACAAAUGGCAAAACAUCAUUAGACGCAUCAGACAGCGCAAUAAUUGGUGAGUCUUUGACUCAGAAAAGUUUUGGAGCAAUCGGAAAUCGGUUUCAUCGGACAUCGAGCCAGUGUACCAUUCAGAUAAAGGUCCAAGAGGCUGUCAUAUUCUCAGAAGAUGCGCCUAAGAGAAACAAAGACAGCCUCAUUUCCGAGUCGGCGUCACAUAACGCCCCGAUGGUGUUUACAGUCAGCCAUCAAUGCGAGAACAGUGCGCCAGUUGGACUUGUACAGCAGCCCAUUCAGAAAAGUUCAGCAUCAUCUGCUGGAUCUGGCGACUCGAAUCAGGAAAUGUGCAGAAUAUGUUGGGAAGACGGUAAAAAAGAAAAAUUGGUGGAACCAUGCCGAUGUUGCGGGACAGCUGGGUACAUCCAUCCUAGUUGUCUGCACCAAUGGAUCAUUAGAAAAAAUUCUAUGACAUGUGAAUUAUGUUGGGGACGAUUUGAAGCUUACAAGACAUUAAAGCCUAUCAAACAGUGGAGGUUUCCAUCUCUCACGAGGACCAACAAGGCAAUCAUUGUUUCGCUCAUAUUCUUAUGCAUGGCUAUUACAGCCACAAUUAUAGGCGGUCUCCAUCUUAAAGAUAACGAGAUUCCCGAAAAUGAGCCAUAUGUUUCUCCGAUGCCGUCUUUAUUUCUUCAACAUUUGCGUUCGACAACUUCGACACCUUUAGACAAGCUAGCGCACAAUCAUGACAAUACUAUCAAAGAAAAGAUUCAUACAACAACGGAAUCGGUUAAGACCACUCAGAAUAUGAUCUCUCCCCGAUUGGAAAUCCCAUGGGAAUCAUUUGUUUUGACUAUUAUUGGGAUGUCGUGUUCUCUGAUUUAUGUGCUACUCUUGGUUCUGUCAUGUUGCCAUUGUGGAGCCAUCUGGCGCCGUUGGCUGGCACUAAAUCAAGAGAUUCACUUUGGAAAGUAUGGUGAACAAGGAUCCAAUCGACGUUUCAGCAGAGCUCGCAUUGGGCAAAGAGAACGAAUUUCUAUUCCUGUCGAAAUAAUGGCGAACCCAGUUGUUUUAUUAAACGAUGGUGCUAUGUUGCAAGACUGACCUAAACGUACGAUCCGGGGUUACGAUUGGAUGUAUUUGUAAUUUAGAUAUUCCAAGCAAUUCGUCCAGUGCAAUCGUGUUUCGGGUUCGAAGGAACGCACUGAACGAACUAAUGCACAGAUCGAGAUUAAAUCUUUUCCGUGACACGAGAACAAGCUUUAAUUAAGUUAUGAAUUAGUUCAUACAACUGUAAAGCUACAAGGCUGGCUCAUUGCUCAUAGAUCAUGGCUACGAUGGCUCAUAGCUCAUGGCUACGAUGAUGCAUCGAACAACAGCUUAGCAAGAUUCUACAGACUCGAUAUACCUGAUUUUGGCGAUCAGGAAUCGGUGAUACU